ACCAGACAUAGUUCGUUCGCUUUCACAAAGAUUCACAUACACACCAACUUCCAAGGCCAUUCCAAUACGGGGAGAGGAUAAAGAUGGAAUUUAAUGCGGUACAGCAAUACCGGUCAUCACCUAAUAGAUCAUACGCGGUCAAUCAACAGACAGGCCACCCAACGCAGAUGAUGUACUCCUACGGCGGUGUUGCCCUUCAGCAUCCACAACAUCACCACCAGUCUCAGCAUCAGCAACACCAACAACCCCACCACAUGCAACAUGUGUCAAGACCGUCGCCACCCCAGCCCACGUGGGCGGUGCCACAGUCCCACUCCCACAGCCAGUACUACCCAAUGUCGAGUGGGUCUACAAAGGCUCCCACAGUAACGACCAGAGAAGAGCAGCAGCGAUAUGUAUCGAGACCAGACGUCGCUGCCACACACUCACCGGCCCUGAGCACCGCAACUUAUCGACCUGAUAGCCUCGGGACUACAGACUAUUUCCCUGGUGUCAUUGACACGAGUCCUUGGGGAGCAAAGGUUUGCGAAGAGUUGGAGUCGUUCCCAUCCAUGGACCCGGAACUGCACGAGUUCAACCAUGGCUUCAUGGGCCACGACGAGAAUGCCCCAGUCAUUCACCUCGGACAAUACCAUGGCAUGGAUCAGCAUGAAGUUGAGAACAUGCCGACUUACAAUCCCAAUUCGACGCGACGUUUAUCGGAAUCAUCGUUCUCAAUAUCUAGCACCGGCGGAGUUCUUCCAGAGGCAACAACCUACGAGGAGCUCGGAACAUCUGAAGCCGUCGCGUAUCCAUCCGAUUGCGACAAUUGGCCAACACUAGAACCGACGCCCAACUUACUAUCACCCUUAGCCUCCCCACGUAGACCUCAGCAUGAUAACGUCGUACGCAGCGGUAGUCGAAAUCGGGCUUCGCCAGCACCCCACACCAAUGUACGAUCUUCACCCUACACGUUGGAGAGCAGUCGAUAUAAGAGAUGGUCAACGGGUCAUGCACCCACCUCCACCCCAACGCAACGUCCUUUAUCUCAAGUUCAAGAUCGUUUCGCGCCUUAUGGUCCUCGCUUGAACCCACACCAUUCCAUGCCCGCAUACCCCCCUAGCGCGUUACAUAACUUCGGACUCCAGACUCAAAACGUACUGUACUCUCAGCCCCAUCCAUUGCAAUCUAGCAAUCCUACCAUGUUCGCAUCCCAGGACCAACCAUAUCAACUUGAAGUGCCUCGACCGCUACCAUCCCAAGGCCUUUUCCGAUUAUUGCAAAGCAACGCCGACAGGCAUGGUGGCUGCGCAUCGCAUUUCGCUGAUCUCUCUGAUCCACCAGACCUGUAUUCAUCACUUCAUGAAGAAGCCUCCGAUCCUCCCGAGUCUGAUAUGAACCCAUCCGACCCCGACCUCAUCCCGCAUGAACAGGAUCUGCGCUUCAAUGGAGAUCUGUAUACUCCGCGCUGGGUGCGUGGGCACGGCAAUAAGCGAGAGGGCUGGUGCGGACUGUGCAAGCCAGGUCGUUGGCUCGUGCUCAAAAACAGCGCCUUCUGGUACGACAAAUCAUUCACGCACGGGGUGAGCGCAGCUACUGGUGCUGCCUUCCAAGGACCGCAAGACACUCGUCGCACCGAAGGUAAUCUCGAUGUGUGGGAAGGUCUGUGUGGGAGCUGUGGGGAGUGGAUCGCACUCGUGAGUAGCAAGAAGAAGGGCACUACAUGGUUCAGGCAUGCAUACAAGUGCCACACGCACCCGAAGGUCAAAGACGGGCCCAAGAGACGUCGUGAAACCCAUGCUGUUCGAGCUCGUACUGUAUCCUCGGCAUCAGCCACCUCCAGCUACCCAAUCAAGACAGAGACGUCUUCGCAGCAAGAUACCACCGCGCACCGACAUUCCGCACCGAUCCCCAUAUCCUCCCUGAAGGCCCUUGGCAUACCGACGUCGACCUCUGCCGUACCGACAUCGACAUCGCAGCCGAGUACUACAAGUACUUCUUACCCGGCCGCAUCGGCAUACCCGACGCCGACAUCAACAACGGCUAUGCAUCCGCCGGCAUCUGCAGCCGAGUUCCAGCCCAAGACUCCUGUCGUCGGUCUUUUCACGUCACCACUACAGCCAGGCAGCACAUUCCACCCCAUGCAUCAGGUCAGUGAGCCGGAGCUAGUUGGUGUUCCAAGGACGACAGCUCUCAGUUCAAUCGCAAGUAUGAUCUAAGAUGUGUUGCUACUGUAAAAGGCAACUGGUUGCUUUCAGCAAUUAGCCUGUUUCCGUUCGAUAAUGCGAUUUCCUCUCCUUUGCUCGCA